AUGCAUUCCCUUCUCUUGGCUUGUCUCCUGCUGGCGGUGCACCUUUGCGGGGCUCAGUCAACAGGACUUCGAGGGCCUGAUCGGAAGUUGUCGAAGACCAACGGAGCCGACAUUGGAUGUGUCUUUGUGAACGGCAUUGACGCAGGCGUCCCCUGCGCCCCCCCUGCACCUCCCGUCGUUCCCGUUGACAAUGAGGACGAGGAGGACGAAGAUGACAGUGAGGACGUCCAGGUAAUCAGUAAUGCGCAAAGCCUCCCUCCCCCUCCUCCGGCUCAAUCUGGUAUACCUGGCGCAGCACCAACUCGCGGUAAGAUUGUUGCUGUAGCCCAAGCUACUCCGCAACUUUCAUCGUUGGUUGCUUUGGUGACUAGGGCUGGGCUGGUUCCAACUCUGAAUGGCGAUGGACCUUUCACUGUUUUUGCCCCAGUCAACGGCCCGGGAGCCCUCCCUACUGGCCCUUCACUGUUGGAAAUGCUCCAACUUGAAACUGACACGAUUGCUGACAUUCUAAAGUACCAUGUUGUCUCUGGUGAAAUCAGGUCCACUGACCUUAUGGAUGGAAUGGAGGUAUCUACCGUGCAGGGAAGCAAAAUCACUGUCUCAAUUGACCCGAUGGGAGCACCAAUGAUCAACGGUGCCAAUGUUGUUACUGCUGAUGUGGUGGCUUUCAAUGGAAUUAUUCAUCUCAUUGAUGGGGUCCUAACUCCACCUGUGGUCUCAACUCCAACUCCACCUUAA